CGGAAGUCAACAGUAUGAGCAAAGAUUUUAGAACACUAACCAAGUGGACGUACGUUUGCGGCUAUCGCUCCGCCUCAAUCCUCUCUUAUAUCUGGGUGUUUUGGUAGCGGUGAUACAAAGUUAUGAAAGUGAAAUCUUCUCAGGUGUACAGAUUUUUUAAAUAAUCAUUUCUGAACAAAAAGGGUCUAGUGUUUUAUGUCUACGGUCGAGUUAACUGGUCAAAAAUGUUAUCAAAGGACUGUAACACAACAAACAGUGUUAAUGUUCAGUGUAGGUUGGCCUCGAUCAUGGAGGUACUGUCUAAGACAGCUGUUGCCGAGAUAACCAAGGUGUUUGAUGACGGUUUCCUACUCUUACGAUUGGAAAUGUGUCGGAAGGAUGCGAAAAUCGACUCUUUGAAGCGAAAAUUGAUAGCUUUGGAAGGUGACUUGCGGUCCACACGACGAACGUCAGACUCAGAACCUCCUCCCUCUUGCCAGGAAGUUGCGGAUUGUGAAAGGAAACACGAUGAAGGACUAAAAGAAUGCCACGGAGGAACUGGACAGAACCUCCAUGUAGUUCCCGCGGUGCGAAACCUGACCAGUGCUCCGCAACAACUUGAGGGUGCGCAUACGCUUCUCAGUCACACAGCUGAAGGCGAUGCAGAAGUGUCACGCACAGAGGACGGCAAUGUAAAGGCCCCAUACAUGCAGAACUUCAGUGCACAGACCAAACAGAGGGAGGACUCGGACACUCCAAAUAUUCUGGACUCUUACACCCAGUCACCACAUACUCACGGCUCUGCCUCUGCACUCACACACACUCAGGACUCUGCCCCUAAGCUCACACACACACAUCCCACACACCCUCAGGACUCUCCCUCUCUGCUCACACACACACAGGAGCCUGUGGGGUUUGGUGAGCUGCAGCUGGAGCUGAAGGCUGAGCAAGAGGAGGAGCAGGUGGAUCAGACCCUCCACCAGAGGGAGUGUGAGUACAGAACUGGGGUAACAGAGCAGAGCAACCCCCAGCUGUGGGCAAACAGCGGGGCAGAAUCACACCAGAUGAUUUCAGCAGGGCCAGAGACGAUGGGCGGGGCUGUGUCAGAACUCAGGACACACCUACAGGAUGCUGAUGUACACUUAGAGCCCUUCAUGAUAGAGGUUUCUGGAAACAGGCAGAUAUCCCAGAUGGAGCUGAGUCCUGAAGGGGCAGACUUGCAGUCGUGGGCUUGCCGCAGAGCGGAGCCAGAGGGGGAGGGGCGUCCUGUCAAUCAGCACGAAAUAGGUGUGGUCUCAUUAGCCUACCCCUCUAGUCAGACAUGGUCAGCCACACCCCCUAGCAUUGGCUCGAGAACAGGAACAGGUGGUUUGGCUGUUUGGAGCAAGACUAUUGCGUCUGCACACAUGCAUCCAGAAGCCUUACUAAAGCCAACACAGGAAGUGAUGUCACACCUGAGCCUGCAGCCAUCUGCCUCUCAGGAUAAACGCCUCCAAACUCACAAGAUAUCCGUGCAAUGCCAGGUAAACAACAGCAACAACAUCCACAACAACAUUAUCAUCAACAACUACAAAAGCAGAGCCAGCACUGGCAGCAGCAGCAGCGGUGGUGGUGUUGGGGGUAGGAGUGUUGUCCAGCGGAGAAUGCCAGUGAGGGAGAAGUGGUUCAUCUGCUCGUUCUGCGGGAAGAGCUUUGACCGCUUCAGCCACCUGCAAAUGCACCAGCGCGUGCACACGGGCGAGAGGCCUUACAGCUGCAGCGUCUGCGGACGCAGCUUCACCCAGCAGAGCAACCUGCGCACGCAUCAGAGGGUCCAUAGAGACAGGCUGGGACACACACUGCCACACACACACGUACGUCCGUACCGAUGAUCAGUUAAACACAGAGAUACACACAUCCAAGGGUCCACAGAGACAGGGCAGCAGCCACACAGCCACUCUCACACAUGCAUGUCUGUACCGAUGAUAGGUUAGACACAGAGAUACGCACACCAGAUCAUCCACAGGCCAGCACACAUACACCUGUGCCUACCGCUGAUGGCAGUUUAACAUACACACCCACGGCAAAGGUACACAGGGACAAGGCUGGGAACGCACAGGCACAUGCACACACACACAUGCACACACCAGAGCGUCCACUGGGACACGGCUGGAAACACACACACAUGCAUCUGUAUUGAUAAUCGGUCAGGCAUAGCACACACACACCACCACACAGAUACACACACAGGAUCCACAGGGACACAAUGGCACACACGCACUCGUCCUUACCGAUGAUGGGGAAUAAACAUACAGACCCACGCCAAAGCUACACAGGAAUAGGGUCAUAUACACGAACACACACUUGAACCAAUUACGGCUGUCGAAGCACCAUACCACACACAUACUGAUGCUGGCUGUCACACAGACUGCACAGGAAUAGGGUCAUACACACAAGCACAAAAACACACACUUGUACCAAUUACAGCUGUCAAAGCACCAUACCAGAGGGUGCACACAGACAGGGGCGAACACACACACACACAACCUACCGAUGAUGCAAGUCAAAAGACACACACAAAGACAGGAAGACGCUUGUGAGCAAGUGUGGAUGAUUCUGGUCAGGAAUGUUUUAGAACUCUUACUUUGGCUCCAAGAAUAAACCAUGGUUAUUGUCUCUGAGGAAACCUUUUCAGCAUUCAAAAAAACAGUUUUUGCCUGAAAACGAAAAACAAAGCUCUAUGCAGAACAUUUUUAAAGAACCCUCAAGAACCUUCUAGACAGCAGUUGUUUUAUAAUGUGACACCAGCGCAGGAACAUUAUCACGGGCAAUGCAUUGUUUAUGAGGAUGUGAUGCCAUUCAUGCAACCUGCCUAGAAAGUUUCCCCCUGUAUAAUGUUUAGACUGAGGGGAAGAAGUGUGGUUACAUUGUUUUCUUUGUCAACCCACUCAGCCACUACAUGUUAUAGGCACUCAGCCAGGGGUGGGAAUCACAGGUUAAUUUAUGAUCCGAUAUCAAAUUUUUUUUCUCUGUGGUUUCAAUAUAUAUCAAAACACUAGGAAAAUAUUGCUGUUUUACAAAUUAGAAACAUUAAGUUCCAAAUCCCUGCCAGUAACUGUACAACGUCUAUUUAAACGGAAUGUCUGCUACACUGCCAGUUCUAAUUGGGUUUCAUGACUGUUACUACUCUUAACUCUACUCUAUUUUUCACUGCCCCAAGUCUGAAAAAAUGAACCAGUGUUUGGUGUCAGUGAAUGGGUAACGUACCACAAGCAGAAAUGUCACAACACAUUGCUGUGUUUUUUUUUAUUAUUAUUUGUCCCACCCCUAGUCUCCUGAGGCAGUCACACUCACCAAACAGGGCAGUGAUGGCAGUUGAAAAUGUCAGGAAAUGUUCAUGUGAAUCAUAAGUCAUAAGUCAUAAGUAAGUAAUGACAGUGGAACUGUGUUGUGGAUGGAUGACUUGCAGCCUUGUUUGAUUUUAAAAUCAGUAAAACAUUCUGCAGUGGUGUAACAUUCUCUGUAUGUGUCCGAGAGAUUGCCAGUUAAUAACUGAGUGUUAUGAUUUUUAUUUCCAUGACUAUAACUAACAUCUUGUCUAACAUGUUGCUUCAGUGUUAGGACUGUGUGCAGGGGCCUGACAUGGUUGCCUUUUUAAUGCUUCAUCCAGCUGAUAUGUGACUAUCCUCUGUCACCUCUUGUUAACCUUGGACAAAUGACAUAUAUUUGAAAAAUACUUAAACAUUUAUAAAGAUUUAUUCCUGUGCAAUAUAAA